UAACUUUUGCAAUAGAUCAAUAUACUUUUCCGUCCAAUACAAGAAUAAAAAUUUCGGGAGGAGGCCGUGGACCACGGCGGGCCUGUGUGUACUAUCUAUUCGCAGUUUAUAUCCAUUUCGGUUGGUGUGUAUCUAUUCGCAGUAAGUUUGGCGUUUACCUUUACCUGGCCCGCACGUAUCUAGAACAGCUUUUUUUUUGGUUUUCCUUGUUCUGUGCUUGGCCUCUUUUGGUACUCUUUAGACGACCCCUCUUGAAGAUAUUUACCUUUUUCUGUUGAAAGAUGCAGGUCGAUAUUCUGAGAAAAGACGGCCAAGUGGUGUUUGUCGAGGGUGGUAGCGAUUUUGCGGACUUUCUCGUUGGUAUUCUGAAAGCCCCCGUUGGCUCGUUGGUCGCGGCCGUGAGGAGAAGCGUCGAAAAUAACGGGGAAAACAGUUACGAUACCGCCACGACGACCAACGGUAACAGCUCCGCUUUCGCAAAUUUGCAGACUUCACUUGAGAGCAACGUGCGAGCGCCGCUAUUCGCCGGCGGAAAGAAGGGUGACGUUCUUGCGACGAAUGCGCUUGAUUUGACGAAUCUCGCUGAUCCCGCAGCCUCUGUUCCCGCUGCCGGAAAAGCUACAGAAACGCUAUCUCCGCUUGGAAUCGUGUGCGGCGGGAGCUAUCUGACCUUGGAGGAGCCCUCGAGUAGUUCCCCGGGGGAGUUUAUCCUUAGUAAAAACGUCCCCAUGUUGACGACCCCAUAGUCAAGAUAGGGUGUUUGCUACACAAAUCAGCAAGCUUUGACCGUGGCGCAUGACAGUCUAGUGUCUCGGACUCUCACUGUUGUUCCACCCUAGUUUUAUUCCAGCCACAUCGCAAAUCGAUGUCGAUCAACUGCUUUUCCAGUUAAGUAAUAAAAGCUCCCCGUGUACUGGCUGCGCAUGAAUAUUAGCAUCCUGUUAGUUCGUCCUGGGCAUGCAUAUGCAAAAUUGCAUGUCAUAAAAGACAAGUCUGGGGUCGUUACUGAGACGGUUUAUUUACCCCGGAUAGUACUUUCGUGCACGGUGAACGACACAUCGGGCGGUGGCAGCUGGCAGACUAUUGUUUUCACGGAGACGGAGGAAUUUGAGUUAACCAUGUCGUACGACUACUGGCAGAAGCACUACGUGAUGUUGGGCCUCUACCCGGCGGUGCCUUCGCUGAAAAAUUUCUUCACGGGGGAGAACCCGCUGAUCCUGCCCGGGGUGCAGCGCGGUUUUUUCGUGAACUCCUGUGGCGGGAAGGAUCUGUGCAUUCAGUGCGGCGGGCCGGACAACGCGCGUUCGGUCCCGUGGAAUUCCGCGAAAUUUGGCACAGAAACCCGCAUCAUGCCAGGCUCGAAUCCGAAUGGCAGCAACGUGGUUCGGAUGCGAUUCGGGUGGAAGGCAAGCGAAAAGAUGAAAAACAAAAGCAUUGUCACGACGACGUCGGACGGUAUUUCUACCGAGGACAAACUCAACAAGGCGCCAGAGAAAAAGCCUUCAAAGCAUUUGGAAUUCGAUUUUGGGGAUUCGGGCACCUGGGAGAAGAUUCAACUCUAUCAUGCAGAAUUUCCGACCGGAAAGGUCUUCCCGGCGGUAUUGUUUAACGAGGAAUGCGAUCAUAAAGCGAAAAUCACGAUCAAGCCCUACAAAACGAGCGUUGUUGUCCCUAGUAGGAGCAAAAAAAGUUCUAGUUCUGGGGAGAGGAGAAGCAAGACCAAUAGCAGUCGUGAUACUUCGGCAAAUGACACAAAUUGUACUUCUUCAAGCCCUUUUUUCCAACCUUUGUCCAAGUUCUUGGUCGCGAACGACUUGACGAUCUGCGAAUGCGGCUCGAUGCGCACCCUGGAACUCUUCCAGAAGUUCGGCGUCAAAAGUGUGGAGGAGUUGCAGUGCGAGACAGUUGCGAUCACGGAGAAGGUUCUCACACGGCUACUCGAACGAGCACUGUCCGGAAACGAGGACGUGUUGCAGUACGCGUUUGCAGCGGUGGCGCCAGGAAAAGACGCUGCGGUUGAUGUUCUUUCGGGAGGUCCAGAAGUUGUGCAAGUAGAGGACUCUUUUGAAUUCCUGGCAGGAGCAGCAGCAGACGAGGUUGCUCCUCCAGUAGAUGGCGAGGACGAGGCGGCGUGAUUCUGAUUUGAUAUAUAAGUGCCGUUCUUUGACUUUGCCAACGCGAACGUCGCAGGCAGCUCCUGCGGUAGAAAUAUCGUUUUAUUUGUUCUUUCAUUCCAAGAAACCUAUCAUGAUCUUUGCAAAUGAAGAUAUAACAGAAAGAGGGCGCAACCUUGUCAAGGACGACCGAAUAAUUUCAAAAGUAAGUCUAUGAAACUUUCAUCAGUUCAUCGCCGCCGCAAAGGUAGGGCACGAAGAUGAAAAAGAAU